AUGGGGAACGAAGCUCUCGGGUAUGCCGAUCGCUCAAGGUUUCUCGGUAUGAUCUUCGACGAGAAGCUAAGAUGGCAACCACAUAUCGUGAACAUCGAAGUCCAGUGCAAGCGGGUCAUCAACCUCCUGAGAUAUCUCUCGAACUUUAAUGGACUCUAUACUUCAUUGUUCCCGGAAUUACCUGGGUACACCCCUCCUUCAGCCCCUGUUUACCGGUCGUCAGCCCCUAAAAAUCACUUGCUCAGUAGGCAGGAGGGCACUGGUUCGUCUCAGACGACGUCCAGCUGCGUCCCCUGCCAGCAGGUGCAGGAAUCUACGCUGCUCUACCCGCCCGUGCUCGAACUGCAGCCAGCUCUGCCUCUUCACCUUUCCGGCGAGUGGGUCUCGACGAGGUGCGAGAUCAAGCAAAACGGCCUUUUCCUCAGGCGUCGGUUCAGAGUUUCCGGUAAAUCUUGGCAUGCCGAGUACUGGUUUUUCUCCGAGCCGCGCUGCCAGAAGCCUACCCUUCUGGCGGCAGCUGAAGGCGUCUACAUGCUUGCGAAAGACGUCGUUUCAAAAGUGCACGGCGCUGUAGAUUUCGACUUCGCCGUCGAAAGGGCCUUCCUAACCAUUUUUGAAAAAGGCCUUGCCGAGAGUCUGCAGGACGACGGCAGCUGCGGACCACCCGGAGUAUGGCAGGUGGGAGUAGCUCGCGAUCUGACACCAUCCGGCGGGUGUACCGCCCUUGGGAUCAAACUUCCGACGACAGAGUACGAAUUGGUACGAAUCGAGUCGGAUUCUUCGGGAAACAUCCUCCUCUUCCUGGGCCAAUCCUCGGAAGAGAGGAAAUCCGAGACAAAAGAACGUCCGACGCAUUUCCAGCCGCCGCUCAUGCAGUGCGCAUCGCCAGAAUUCCCCCUGACCCACUUCCUCAACAGUUACAAUUACUCGCCUCAGCUGCGGGCCGACUUUUUCGCUAUUUUCCUCAUCCUCAGGAUGCUGUGAUCUUCUCCGACGGUUUAUUUCCGUUUUUGCUCCUCAUCCUACCCGACUCCAGGCGGAAAAUAUUGAAUAAAUUCCAAAUAAAAAUAAAUGGCCCGGACAAUGAUAAGGUACCGAGGAGAAUAAAGUAACGUCAGGAAAUAGCCGUCUGAACCUUUCUAUGGAUUUUUCAGAUUAUUUUCUCCUUUCAAACCACUAUUGCUGAAUGCGACUUUUCUCAAUUUUCACCACCCUGCAUUUUCCAACAAUUCAAAUUUCACAAUACCCCGGCACUUUAAUUUUAUCUAUCGAAUCAGACAAAAUAAAUAAAAUUUACGUCGCAAUAAAUAUACAUGAGCAUUGGUCGGUCACAAUUUCUAAAUGAAAGGUAAUAAAUAGCAUGCAACAUAAAUCCUCUUGGUGAAUACAUUUCCCAUUUCAACAAAUGCACAUCAUUAUAUAAAAAGCAGCCAAUACUAACAAAAAUUGAAUAACAGAGAAACAAUACAAACACACGACCAAUAGCAUUAAAAGGUUUUAUCAAAUGCUAACAAAAUUACAAACAGUCUUCUUUUUAAAAAAAAAUGUGUUUUGACUAAUUUCAAUCUACAAUUGUUUCGUAUAAAUUUGGUAAUGUUUUACCUUCAAGAGGUUUAAGUCCAGUCGCCCCUGAGACCAACAAACCACAGUGUCUUGGCUGAAUACGUCGGAAUAACACGCCUGGCAUCAGUAGAACCAACGACACCUCUUAUAAACAACGAAGCCUUGCAAUAUACUCAUCGCCAAAGUGCACGAUAUUCCUCGAAAUUAAACCUCGUUCAUGCUCACUGAUAAAUUUCAUUCACUCUCCAGAGAUCAAAUACUCACCUUAGAAUUGUACAUUCUUGCUGAUAACUUUUUUAAAUAAGCAGACGUCCACCACUCACCCAAAAGUUCUCCAUUGAAGCCAGUGAUUCUCUUUUACUCACCAGACGUUACCCACUCACCCAAGAGUUCUCCAUUCUUGCAGAUAGAUAACUUUCUUUUACUCACGAAACGUUACACACUCACCCAAGAGUUCUCCAUUCUUGCAGAUAACUUUCUUUUACUCACCAGACGUUAUACACUCACCCAAGAGUUUUCCAUUCUUGCAGAUAGAUAACUUUCUUCUACUCACCAGACGUUACACACUCACCCAAUAGUUCUCCAUUCUUGCAGAUAACUUUCUUUUACUCACCAGACGUUAUACACUCACCCAAGAGUUCUCCAUUCUUGCAGAUAACUUUCUUUUACUCACCAGGCGUUAUACACUCACCCAAGAGUUCUCCAUUCUUGCAGAUAACUUUCUUUUACUCACCAGACGUUAAUCGCUCACCCAAGAGUUCUCCAUUCUUGCACAUAAAUCUCUUUUACUCGCCAGACGUCGCCCACUCACCCAAACGUUUUCCAUUGAAGCCAGUGAUUUUCACACACUUAACUAAGAGUUCUCUAUUCUAGCUGAUAACUUACUUUUAUUCACCAGACGUCAUACGCUGAAUCAAGAGUUUUCCAUUCUCACUCAGCAGUCGUCAAACACUCGCGCAAAAGUUCUUCAUUUUCGCUGAUAACUUUCUUUUACUCAGUAGACAUUAGAAACUUAUCACACAGUUCUCUGUUCUCUCGGAUAAGUUUUUUUGCUCACUGGAAAACUACACUCAAGUAAGAGUUAUUUAUUUUUGCUGGUAACUUUAUUUCCCUCACCAGACGUCACUUACUGUCUCAGAAAUUUUCCAUUCUCACCGAUAACUUUUCUUAUCCUCACCAGAAGUCCAGACACUCACCCAAGAGUUUUCUAUUCUAGGUUAUAACUUACUUUUCUCUCCAGACGUGACAUGCUCUCUUAAAAAUGCUAUAUUCUCGCAUUAUUUUGGAUCGUUGUUUUAUUCUUGUAUAAAAUUCGUAAUUUGUUAAAAUUAUUAUUGCCUGUUACAAUACAGAGUUUGUAAUCUAAAUAAUCUUUUUAUAUGUAUUUGCUGGAAAAUACGAUUUAUAAGUUACAUUAUUUUCUAUUAUGUACACGGAAAAAUGUUUUUUUCUAUAUUCUUAGAUGUGAGUUAUUUGAGAAUGUUUUCGUCGGUGAAACCCCCUCAGAAACAACUGCUAUCGUGUAAAAUAAAUUUAUUACAUGAUUAACGACGGUUUUAAGUCCCGGCGUUGCUCUAAAAAUACAAGAAAACUUGGUGAAAAGGCAAAAUUACGAGUCGUGAACUACAGCAAGACGUGCAUAAUUAAUUGAAAAACUUUCCGCCCAUGUUAUUUAUGCUUUUCAGCGGCAGGAGACGAUUUUACUUAUCGUUUCCACGCGAACGGCGUACAUGCGUGUGAAAGAGUCGCCGCGAAGAAUUCAGUUUAUUAACUUUUUUAAAUAUUUAAUGAAAAAAUGCUUGCCAAGGACUUGGCGAAUAGUCGCCAGACAUGCACAUACGAGAUUCUUCCCAUUAAUGGACCUAUUUUUUCCGACAGAGUCUACAGAGGAAAAUGUAGAAUUGAAAGUAUACUUUAUUCCUUUUUGUGAAAGGAAGAGUAAUAAGGUGUAAAAGGAGAAGGAGGUCUGAUACCGUGGAAAUCUGUCCGAACUUUUUCCCUUUUGGCCGGGAAGGAUGAAUUCCUCCUGAGGUCUGACGUUCGCUCUUAUUUCGAAAAGAGAGGCCAUCUAAUUGGAUUAAAUUCAACCCCCUCGUGGGCUGAUCCCCAACAGUUCUCCCGGACGGUGAUCCCCCUUUUAUCGAUAGGAUUGUCAGGGUACUCGUUCAUUUGACGAAGUGUUGAUUUUGUAAAUAAAUAUCCUCGGGAAAACUUCCUCCACUUUCCUCAACCGGCCGUGUAAAUAUUAGAAAUUUUAUUGCCGAGUUUAUAUAAUAUUCAUAUCGUUUCGUUUUUAUAAGGUUCACAAAUCUGAAUUUCAAAUUCUUGUCGAGUUCAACCGGUCGAGAUAAACUGGCGAACCCAAUUUUCCGACUGUUUUGUAAAAAUCUGUUCUUGUCUUGAAAUAGAAAAUUUUUUAUCAUACGAAAUGCAUAAAAUAUGUGCUAAUUAAAACAUAACUCUGAAAUAUAUUUA